AUGUCCAAUAAUGCCUCACCUCGAGCACCGGUAACGUCCGAACGCAACAAAGCCACACCGACGCUCCCUUCCAAGUACAGAAUACCUCCACUUCCGCCCCAUAUUCACCGUCGAAUCUACCUCAAACCGUUACAAGACGGACUGCUCCUUGGCUCCAGCGCCUCUUCUAGCAACUCUGGAGGUCAGAUCAAGCGAUGGAGAGAUCUCGACGCACAACGUAAACAAAGGCCUUUUGUCGAGACGGUCAAGGAGGAUCCCGUCGCUAGCCUUGAAAUCGGUGGGAUUCUGGGUUUAACAAGAUUAUGGGAGACGGCCUAUCUUCUCGUAUUCCUCAGUCCACCUAGGACGGCGCCGAACGGACCGCAAACGACGACCACUUCUACGGAGGAAAGCUCGGUCGAUGAAGACAAGCGGGAAGGUCAAGGGAUGGUAUAUGAACUGAGGAACGUGUAUGCAAUUCCUAUCAACAGGGAAGGGGCUGAAGGGAUCAUCAGAAAUAUGCACGCCGCUACUGUCAAGGUGAGUCCGAAAGAUGCUGGUAACGUGUCGAAGCAGCAGACGGGAGUCAAGACGGACAACGUCCAAGGCCGCACCGGAUCCGACCCCCCUGCCGACUCGGGUGACAUUGGGGAGAGCAUGUUUCAGGAAGACGCGGAAGCAUCCGUCCAAAAGGCGGACAAAGCCUCGGGUGAAGCUCAUUAUGACGAUCAAGCCGGUUUGCCCAAGCCAGACGACAGGAAGGAUCUCGAGGUCAAGAUUAUCCGGGAGAUUGUCAGAACGCUGGGCGGCGGUGGAUUUUUCUACUCGUUCGAAACCGACCUAUCGCACAACCUGCAACACAAGCGAAAACAGCUCGACGUCCGCAAGCAGAGCACCGCUCCAGCAGAGAUCACGGAGAAGGACCACUUGUCGCUCGACCGGGAAAGACAAGAACGAGGAGAGACUUGGAUCGAGCCCGAUGUCGGCCUUCCUCUUUGGCGGAGAGUCGACCAGCGAUUCAUGUGGAACGCUUGGAUGAUGCGAGAAUUCAUCGAGGCAGGUUUGCACGAGUUUAUACUCCCGGUUAUCCAAGGCUGGGUUCAGUCAUCCCGGUUUUAUAUUCCGCCUGUCGACAUCUUGCCGUUGACCGAUUCGAAAAAUGACGUCAAGAGUCCGGAGCGAGAUGCCGAAAGGGAUCUCGGACCUCCCAGCACGCCGGUCGACCUAGUUCUCAUCAGCAGGAGAAGUCGAGACCGGGCUGGUUUACGUUUCCAGAGAAGGGGUAUCGACGAGGACGGCAAUGUUGCCAAUUUUGUCGAGACGGAGAUGAUUGUCCGGGUCAAGGUCGAGGGCAAGUGGUCCAUCUUUAGCUUUGUCGAGAUUCGAGGGUCUAUCCCCUUGUUCUGGUCGCAGAGCUCCACCCUUACGGAUAUGAAACCGGCGCCCAAGCUGGAUCGACCGGUGGCCCAGACGAUUCCCACGACUCGCUUGCACUUUGACCAACUGAAGCAGACUUAUGGUCCACAGACCAUCAUCAACCUGGCGGAGACUUCUGGUAAAGAAGGGGCAGUGACGCUCGGUUACCGGGACGCCGUGCAAGAAUUGGACGAUCCAGACGUUCGUUACAAGGAGUUUGAUUUCCAUCACGAGUGUAAGGGCAUGAAGUACGAAAACAUAUCCAAGUUGAUCACUCAGCUUGGAGCAACCUUUGGCGAGCAAGGUUACUUUUGGAGCUGCCAAGGAGAAGUCAUGCGGGAACAGACGGGAACGUUCCGGGUUAAUUGCAUCGACUGCCUAGACCGCACCAACGUUGUCGAAUCGGCGCUUGCCAGACACGUUCUGACGUCGCAAUUGACCCAGGUGGGUAUGACCCCCGACGCUUUGACCUCGAACAUCGAAUUCGUUUACAAUGAUGCAUGGGCUAACAAUGGUGAUCAAAUCUCCAAGCUGUAUGCUGGAACCUCUGCAUUGAAGGGCGAUUUCACCCGGACCGGCAAGCGCGAUUUGCAUGGCAUGAUCAACGACGGUCUGAAUUCGGUCGCGAGGAUGCGGCGAGGAGCGAUCGAGGACUUUUAUCUGCAAGCCGUCAUUUCCUUCAUGGUCGGCGAGCGAAACCUCAACGUCUUUAGCGAAGUGCUGUCAAAUCUGGCUUCGAACGAUCGAACGAAUCUCAUCCGGCUGUCGAGGAUUCGGGCUGCUGCCAUCGAGACGUGCACAGCAAGAGUUCUUGAAGAGGGGGAACAUAGGAUAGGCGGAUGGACGGUUUUCUCUCCAGAAGAGGCGAAUACCAAGUUUACGCGUAAAUUGGAAGAAAAGGUCUUGGUUCUAACGCAUCAAGCCUUGUAUGUCGUCUCCUUUGAUUACAAUUUGGAAAAGGUGGUCUCGUCCACCCGCGUUCCGUUACGUAAUGUUACGUCGAUGUCAAAAGGAGCUUACAUUUUGUCUGCGCUCGACGAGUCUGGGCGGGACCCCGCCGAGAAUGCAGGCUUUGUAGUUUAUUAUCGUCCGGCCAUCACGGGCACGAGGGUCACGAGCUACUCCAUGGUCAACUCGCCCGAUCCCAAGCGGCGAGAGAUGGCUUCGUCAGACGUCUCGCCUCGCGAUCGGACUGAUUCGGCGGGAUCGGACGCCAUAUCGACGACUUCCAACACGGUAUCGACGAGCAACGAAUUCUUCGCCUUCAAGAUCCUGCCUAGAGAAUUUGUGGCAGCCCACUUGUCGGGCUCACUGCACGAGGAGGACCAAGAAGAAGACAGGGGCAAGGAUGAUACGUGCAAGACUGUUGCCGAUCGAAUGGUCAAGCGGAUCAGGGAUGAAUGCGUCAAGGCUACGGCCAGUAUCGGAGGCUACGUCGGCGGCCAUGCCAGGGACGAGGGCUUUGUCAGGGACGAAGACGUCGUUGGUCUAGCCGAGGCCCAGAAAGCCACCUCUCUGGUGGCAAGAGCGGACUACGCGUUGAAACGGUUUUUGUGGAUACCCUGA